CGGAUCGGACGUAUACGGAAUUUUCGAGCCGCGGAAAAUCGCGAGAAUCAGAGAGCAAGAGUGACCGAAGAACAUUCCGUGGCGGUGCAGACGACCGAGUGUGUGCAUAGGAAAAGUGCAAUGGCGUAUUGGGCAGAGUAAACAAACAAAGUCCGAGUGAGUGAUUCGCUGCGAUACCGACAUGGACUGGGACAAGCCACCGCCGCCACCACAGCCACCGCCAAAGCCCAGACGAACCCGGUCCCGGCAAGAUGUCCUGCACUACGAGUCCUUGCCCACGGCUCCACCGGCAAUGUGUGGCCGCACGGAGGAGAACAUCUUCCAGUUUCCGGCCGUGGCCUCCCGGGCCCGCAAUCUCUCCGCCUCUCCCAAGUUCGAGAGGAGGGAGGCUAAGGAUCUGCCCGUCUGCGAACUGGGCAAACACACCUGCUCCAAGUGCCUGCCCUACCGUGCGGAUAGGGGCACCAUUGAACCGCUGAGGACUCGCCUCAAUUCCGCCAUCGAGGCCAUGGACGAACUGACUCGCACGUACGCCUUGCUGGAGGGAUUCCUCGAGCACCGACUGACCACCAUUGCCGACAAUGAGGCAGGCGAGCGCGAGGCAGAGCUGCAGGCCCUGGAGGAUGACAUUCCCUCCACCAGUCAACAGGCCAUCAGGCAGCAACGUCCACCCACCAAGCCACCCAGAACCAGCGACAACCAGUUCGAACUGGAGCACUCCCUUACCUGGCUGGAAUCCCUGAUGGGCACCGAGGUGGUACCGCCCUUCAAACAGGGCAAAUUCAAGCGUAUUCGAGAGCGCAGCAAGUCCAUGAUGGACGAGGACCUCAACGUGUUCAUGAAGGGCGAACGACCCGGGCUGAAACUUAGCUCCUCGCGACCCUAUCUCCUGAGGCGCCAGAGCACCUACAGCGACAACAAGGCCAAGGUGUCCAAGUGGACCAAGGUGAAGGCCGCCUUUAAGUGGGAGCGGGCUAAUGUGCCGCCCUCGGGACCAGGUGCUCCGGAAACCAGUGUCCUAAUGCCACUCAACCACGAGGUGGAGAGAUACCUCAAGGUGCCCAUUUGUGUGGCAGCUGGUAGCAGUUCGGCGGACAGCAUCAUCAGUUCCUCCUCCGGCCACAUAAUGAGCGAUACUGGUGGCACACCUGGAACCAUCAGCUCGGCCAGCUCCAUGGAUGAUCUUGAGGCAGCCAGUCGACAGAACUAUCGUCGUGAUUCCUCUAAGAGUGAUACCCGCUGUGAUUCCCGCGCCUCCAACUUUGAGGUGGAGCUGCGCAAAUCCGCCACCGACGAGCGCCUGGAUAACAUCAAGUCCUCUGCCCCGCCAUUGCCAGCCAAGUCCUCAUCCAGCAAGUCGCUGCGAAGAUCGAAGGCCUUUUCCGACUUCGAGGUCCUGCCCGAGGAUCAUGUGGCGGAGAUCAAGGCCACCAGCAGCCGGCGGCAGAAGCUGCCACCGAGUCCACUGAACCUCAACCAGGUCAACCAGAUGUACAGUGAUCUGCCGCAACUGCAUUCGCCGUUGAAGAGUCCCAAGGAUUCGCGAAUGCGUCGUGUCCACUCGCCGGGUACCUCGUCCGUGCCCAGCAGUCCCUCCAGGCAAUCGGAUUUCUUCGGUGAAUUUGAGAGCGAGGAUCUGUCCAGUGGCGAUUUCUCGGAGCCCACAACGCCAAACUGUAAGAAUUUCCCACACAACGAAGAUGAAGAGAUACUUCAACAUUAUCAACUUCUCGUACUCAAACUAGAUUCGGAGUUUAAGAACAAGCAAUGCGAAUUCGAGCGUUCCAGUGUUAACAAUCGCAGUAUCAAACUGGGCGGCAGCAGUGCAGCCGGAGGAGGAGCAACAGGGACAACUGGGAAGCGCAGCAGCGAGGAGCACUCGCCCACUCAGCUGCUGCACAACGAGCUCAUGUCCACCGCCCAGCUGGAGCAGAAUCUCACCCCGCAGUUCAAGAAGAAGCUGCACAAGUGGCGGACCAAGCAGCAGAAUUGCACGGGAGGAUCGUACGCCUCCUUGGAGCCAGCGGCCAGUCCCACGGCCAAAAGCCAGAGUGGCGAGGUGAAGCCCAAGAUCGACUGGAACCUGUGGAGCAUGGGCCAGGUGAAGCUGGAGGGCCAGGGACUGUGUGCUCUGCCCGACCAGAAGGAUCUGCCGGAGAAGUUCCAGAAGAAAUUGGAGCAAUGGAAUCGAUUGAAGUGCGCUCCUGGUGGUGGCACCAUUUCGGAUAAUGACUCCCUAAAGCGGGGCUCCAAGCACAGUCAGUCCACGAGAAGGGGAUCUGAUGAUGACCGAUGGUACAAGCACAGGCCACACGACAAAGAAAAAUUGUCGCGCCUUAAGGCCAUUGUGGUGCCGGAUCACACCAAGAAGAUCGAGGUGAAGACUUCGGAUGGCGAGGUGAUGAAAUUCGAGGGCAUCUCGAGGAAGUUCACCCGGAAGCUGUACGAGUGGGAGAAGGCCAGGGGCAUUGGACCGGAGGCCUCGACCUUUGCGCUGCUGCAUCCGGGCUACUGUCCCAUCGAUGUGAGGCGCAUCAACAAGGAGUGCCAUAAGGUGACAGCAGAUCACUCGCCCACGCUGAGCCGCUCCCUUUCCCUGGACAGCGUGUCACCCAACUGCAAUCUGGCCCAGACCAUCUCCCAGCAGGCUUCGUCGCUGUCCCUCAACGAUGUCAACGAUCUGAAGGAGAUCGAGGACAGCAACGACGCCCUCACGGAUCACGAGUUCAAGAAGUACGACGAACCGGAGGCGGUGAUGGUGGAGGUGGAGGAGCACAUCCACGACACCGCCUCGCCACUGGUCACCGCCCACACGCUUGUGGAGCAGCAGACGCCCAUCUACAAGUACGAGGAGGUGCAGUGCAACGACUAUGUCAAUUCGCGUCGUGUCCAGAGCUUCGAGUCGCACACUAAUCUGGCCCCCUUGCUGGGCGCACUGAAACGUGCCGACGAGCUGUUUGGCCAGCUGAGGAAUGCCUCGCCCGACCUGCUGGAACACCCCUCCAUGCGGGACUGCCAGGCCGCAUUGCUGAGCAUUCGCAGCAUUUACCCGUACUACUCCAACAACCUGAUGAAGGCGGGCGUGCUCAACGCCAUAUCCGAUGUCCAGAGCGAACUGGGACGACUGGCCGAGUUGAGCCAGAAAUCGCCAAUGGAUGAGGCCUGCUGCCAGGAAACCAUGCAGGAGCGGACACUGGAGUAUCUGGAAGAGCUCCACGGACUGCAUGAAUGCCUGCAGUGUCUCAAGCUUAGCAUACAGGGUGGAACGAAUCGCUAUCCCCGCGACAUAGUGCCGGAUAUUAACAUCACCAGCGAGGAUGGUCAGCAGUUGGACUCCAGUUCUGCCUAUGCCACCUGCGACAAUUCCAGCCGAGAUCGUUUGGCCCAGGACGACAAUAGUGCCAGUGCCAGUGCAGCCUCACCAAUGGAGCACGAAACGGAGACUAGUACCACUACGGGCACCUUGUGCCGCUCCAGCUUGCCCACUGUGAAUGUGAGUGCCAAUCCCAGUGUCAAUGGUAUCGGCAAUGCCAGUGCUAGUGCCAGUGCCAAGAAGAAGCUGCUGCGACUGCGCAAGAUGGGUUCGCGGCAGAAUAGCAAGACGGAGAGCGACAGCAGUGAUGCGGAUACCCACUCGGUUUUGGAGACUCCGCGUCGAUUACGCCGGAAGAAUUUCCGGCUGAAGCAGCGUUCCUUGGACGACGACUUCCGGUUGGGUUCCACUGCAAACGAUCUGGAGACGGCCGCACCUAGAGAAGACAUUGUCUACGGUUCACUAAAGGUCAAGCCAGGUGAACUCAUCGAGCAAAGUCAAUGUGUGGCACCUGCUCCUGUUUCUUCCACCACUCCUCUUAUUUCAACCACUCCCCCUGCAACAGUUACUCUACCUACAAAACAGGGAGCUUUUGUUCCUCCUCCUUUGCCAGAGCAUAACCGAAACUACAACACAAAUGCCAAUGUUUUUGUGAAAACCAAACGCAAACUAUUCACCACCAUCCCAGAACCAAAUGCCUCGGAGGGCAUAGCUUUGAUCGAAAAGGAUUUGGAUAGUCCUACAGAGGAAAAAGCGGAUAAGUUGAUUAAAUCAGAGAAGUUCAAGUGCCCGCCAAAACCCCUCAAUCUAUAUAAAUCCAUCAGUUUGGAGCGCUUAACACAGCCGCCCAAUAAAGAGGAUCUGCGAAAAUGUCAGAGUAGUGAAAAUUUCAGGCGGGGAUGCCUAUUCGUGCGUCCUCCACUGGCCAGCGAUAGUAUUGAGAGAUUGGCAGAGUCCAAGAAACCGCCGGAGUUGAACAACCCCCCAGUUCCACCGAGGAAAGCUCAUCUCUACAAGAAAAACUCGCUGCACAAAUCGCAGAGUGCCAAUGCUAGCAACAAGAUUGAGCACAAGAUAGCCAAGACCAGCUCUGGACCCAGUUUCUCUAGGGUGCAUCCUCCGCCGCCGGCUCCAGUUCCUCUAAUCUUGCCCAACAAACAGGACAACACGCUGCCGCGUAUCCAAAGGAAGCAUCCCAAUACGCCCACUAAGGCCAAGCAGUUUGAGUUCCCGCCUCCACAGAUUCUCAUACCAGAGCGCCCAGCCACGCCCCUUUCGGAAAGGGCCAUACGCCUACAGCUGGCCAAGGCGCAGUUCCUGCAGAGUGCUCCGGUUACUCCGCGCCAGGAACCCCAAACACCCAGUAAGGCAGCCGAUUCUGUGGUGCUCCAAAAGAGCAUCAGUGCGGGCAGCAUGAGGGGAGCUGGUCAGGAUCCAACGAAGCAGCAGCAGCAUUACCACGAGGUGUCCACGGAUCAGGAGAGUGUGGGCACCUCCAGUGCCUACGAUAGUUUGCCGCGAACCGUCAGCCGGAGUGCCAAGAUCUCCAGCAAACUGGGCUUCGCCACGCUCACCUCAAAGCUGCGCAGGGGCACCAAGAAGUCCAAGGAGCCACCACCGCCGAGUCCUGGAAGCGCCCUCUCCGCCCUUUGCCGGCAAACCCUAAUGGCCGAUGUCAUAGCCAUACCGCAGGCCUUUGCCUCCGAGAAGCCACCACCGAGUCCCACGGGCCGCAAUGUGUCCAAGUCGCAGAGCACGCCACAGGCGGCCCCUCCCGUGACCAUCAACUUCGAGGGCAUCAACAAGUCCCUGAGCGAGCAGUAUGUGCGCCAGCUCAAGGAAAGCGACGUCUAGUCAGAGUACCCAGUCUCAAGUCCAGAAUCUAGUCAUAGGAGUAAUCAAAGUCCGAGAUAAUUGAAUGCAUUUUGGGUUCUGCUUUAAAUCCACCUAAUAACUUAUAAACUUUUAAAAAGGAUUGAAAUAUAUUAAAAUGAAGCAAGCCCUUUGGAAAUUAUAAAAACGAAUGGCCAUAUUGUGCAGCCAAAGUAUAGAUACUCAAAAGAUCCAUUCAGGAAACAGAAUUUUUUCGAUCUGUGUAAAAUCGAAAAAUUCAAAGCCAUAUAGCUUUUCAGAUUUAGUUAUCUAAUAAACUAUUAUUUUUGAUUGCUUCGAAA